GCCAUACAGUGUUUUAUUUUACAAUCGUUUUUUACACUUUCGACUUUUAUGUUAGAAAAUGAUCAGCUUUAAGAAUUCAUUCUAUCGUUCACUAAAACCAAAAGCGCAAUUUGCAUUACGUAGAGGAUUUUCUUACAGUGCCAUUCGGUCUGCUAGUUAUGAGGAUACCGUUAAAAAUAUGCGUUUAACUAAAGACUCUCGUGUUAUAUGUCAUGGUUUUACUGGAAAACAGGGAACUUUUCAUUCAAAACAAGCGAUAGAAUAUGGUACAAAUAUGGUGGGUGGAGUUUCACCUAAUAAAGGUGGACAAACUCACUUGGGAUUACCAGUAUUCAGCACUACAGCUGAAGCAGCUAAAGAAUUAAAACCAGAUGCUACAGCAAUUUAUGUUCCUCCACCAGCUGCAGCUGCGGCAAUUUUAGAUAGUAUUGAAGCAGAAAUUCCCUUGAUUGUUACCAUUACUGAGGGAAUUCCUCAACAGGAUAUGGUCAAGGUUGUGAAAGUUUUGAAAUCUCAAAGUAAAUCACGUCUUAUAGGACCAAAUUGUCCCGGUAUUAUUGCACCAGGAGCAUGUAAAAUAGGUAUUAUGCCAGCUCAUAUUCAUCAAAAAGGUAAAGUUGGCGUAGUUUCGCGUUCAGGAACUUUAACUUAUGAAGCUGUCAACCAGACAACUCAGGCAAAUCUUGGACAAACUUUAUGUGUGGGUAUUGGAGGUGAUCCAUUUAACGGAACAAACUUUGUAGAUUGUCUAAAAUUAUUCUUAGAAGAUGAUAGCACGGAAGGUAUUAUAUUAAUUGGAGAAAUUGGUGGAUCUGCUGAAGAGGAAGCAGCAGAAUAUUUGAAGCAACAUAAUUUGACUCGUAAACAACCAAAACCCGUAGUAUCUUUCAUUGCAGGAUUAACUGCACCGCCGGGUCGCCGAAUGGGACACGCAGGAGCUAUUAUAGCUGGUGGUAAAGGUGGAGCUACUGAUAAAAUUAAAGCAUUAGAAAAUGCUGGAGUUGUUGUAUCAAGAAGUCCUGCUAGACUUGGAAUUCACUUAAGAGAAGAAAUGGAAAAACUCGGAUUGGCUUAAAUUUUUUCAAUUUUAUUCAACACUGUUCCUAUUUUUUAGAAAUUAUUUAUCGCAAUAUUACAAAUCUGCAAAAUAUUUAUCAUUACAAAGAGUGAUUUGAAUAACUUUAUACCCUUAAAUAAAUAAAUUAUUUUAGUCGGAAAGAUCCAUGUCUUCCACACAAUCUUCGUCAUAAGAUAUCUCAUUAUUUCGAUGAUUCACAUUUUUGUUCUGAAGUGUCCGCUGUUGUUGUUUAAAUGAAUCUGUUUUUGAUAUGAUUGAAUCAUCCUUUUUCCAUAAUAGUGAUGAUUUAUCUACCUUAUAAUGUUCUUGGGAUUG